GAUAGGAGAGAGAGAGAGAGAGGAGGGAGAGGAAAGAGAGAGAGAGACGUUAAGUUGUCCGAGAGUUGUUGUUGCUCGGGUGAUGGGCCUGAUGGCGCGAGUUCUUCGGCGCGAGCUUGGACUGAGAGAAGUAGCAGUCUUCGAUGCAUCACUUGCCGCGGUUUUUAAGUCAUAGAAAGGACGAAACGAUGGACGGUGGCUCCAGCCGACGGAGGCCGAAGUUGGAACGUCGGAACGCCGUGAAGAACAUCGACUACGAUGCCUUCUCCCCUUCGUCUUCGUCACCACCUGGUGAUCUCUCCCCUUCUCUCCGCGCUACUCGCUCCCUUGAAAUCUUUUCUAUCACCAACAAGACUAGCUUCCGAAUCGAAGGCGCCGAUGAGGUCAACGAAAUUUGCCGGAGUUUGGGGCUUUCCGGUCCGGAGGACUUCGCCAUUCCGACCGCCGCAUGGGAGGCCAGGAAGGCCCGGUCUUCGUCCGAUAUCUUCCCGAGGCCGCGAUUGACUCAUCUAGUCGAGGACAGAGAUGAUAUACAGGAGGAACCGGCUGAAGCGGAGGAAGAGGGGGAAGAUGGCUCAUGGAUUGGGUUGUCAUAUAGGGAGAGAAUUACAGGUGAAGCUGCGAAGCAGUCGGCAGAAGAUCAACGGUUCCCUUCGGUUUCUCCUCGUGGAGUAGAGGAAGAAGAGUGGGAAGGUAGUUUGUCGACUAGGUCUUCAGAUAAGUUUAGAGUUAGUGAUGGAGCUGCGGAGCGACCGACAGGGGAUCGUUCUUCUUCUCCUCCUCUGUUCAGUGACGGGAAUUCACUUGCUCCGGGAUCUUCUGGUGCUGGCGUCGGUGGAGGAAUUAAGGGGGUUCGGCCGCCGGUGCUCGCUCCACCGCCGGCAAUGUUGCUGAAGGUUGAGGAUCGUAUGGGGUCAGCUUCGACCUGGGAGCUUUUGAAGUCUUUUGCACCUAAAGAUGAUAUAGUUCCUUCGUCGUCAAUUCGUCGUGUAGAGACGGGCUACUCCUCCUCCUCUGAUGUUGAUGAUGAUGAGGAGGAUAGAAUACGUGAAGAUGGUCAUGAAGUGAUUGAAGCGAGAGAAGAAGAACGGGUGACAGGGGAACAGGCGAAGAGAUUGAGUGAUACCAGCGGUUUAUUUGAAUCUAGUUGGUUUUCGACCUCAAACGAUGACGAUUCUUCCAGUACGACCACGGAACCUACUAAUAUUUCGCCUACUCUUAGAGUCAGACGUACCAUCACGUCUUGGCAACGGGGAGGGCUUCUGGGCAGUGGGUCUUUUGGAACAGUGUAUGAAGGGAUCGCUGAUGAUGGGUUCUUUUUUGCUGUUAAAGAAGUUUCAUUGCUCGACCAAGGAAGCCAGGGCCAGCAAAGCGUUUUUCAACUUGAGCAGGAGAUUGCGCUUUUAAGUCAUUUUGAACAUGAAAAUAUAGUUCAAUAUUAUGGCACAAAGAAGGAUGAAACAAAACUCUAUAUCUUCCUUGAGCUUGCAACACAAGGUUCUCUUGCAAAUCUCUAUCGGAAGUAUCGCUUGGGAGAUUCCCAAGUCUCAGCAUAUACACGGCAGAUCUUGAAUGGUUUGAAGUAUCUUCAUGAUCAAAAUGUUGUUCAUAGGGAUAUCAAGUGUACUAAUAUAUUGGUGGAUGUAAGUGGGUCCGUUAAGCUGGCAGACUUUGGAUUGGCGAAGGCAACCAGAAUGAAUGAUGUGAAAUCAUGCAAAGGGACUGCAUUCUGGAUGGCCCCUGAGGUUGUUAAGAGUAGUGGCUAUGGACUUCCAGCUGACAUAUGGAGCCUUGGUUGCACUGUCUUAGAGAUGUUAACUGGUCAGCUUCCUUACUCCAGUUUAGAAUGGAUGCAAGCAUUAUUUAGGAUUGGCAGAGGCAUACUCCCACCUGUACCUGACACUUUAUCUAUGGAUGCACGGAAUUUCAUCUUUGAAUGCUUAAAAGUUAACCCAAAUGACCGCCCCACUGCUUCUCAGCUUUUAGAACAUCCAUUUGUGAAGAGGCCUCUUCUGGCAUCAUCGGUCCCUGCAUCUCCUAUGCAUCCCAAUGCCAGACGCUCUUGAAGUCAAUAAUGAUGAGAUCAUCUUUCUGCACAGUAGAUCCUUGAGCUAGUUGAUUUGCUCUGAGGCUGAUGUGCUGUUUUUGACAUGGCUUGGAUGGUACACCAUAGGGAGGGUGUGCAGUUAAAACUCAAAUUUUUGCAUACAAUGAAGAUGGAUUCUAGUUCUGAGUUUGGAACCUCAGAUGGCUGUGCAUCUUUCAUUUGGUAUUUUUCCUUGGGAAAUUCUUUGAAUGGGAGAGGUACCUAUACUUUUUUGGGUUUAAUCUUUUCUUGUCAAUGUGUGUAAUUACAUUUCCUUUCCAAUUCAUUAGGUAGAUGGAAAAAAGAAAAUCUGGGAUCAAAUUUGUAAGUGGUGGCUGUAAAAAUUGACAAGGAAUCAGAUGCACAUGUAUAUAUCCCACCAUUGUAUCAAAUAUUGUUUAUAUUUUAACAAGUAUCCAACCAAAUUCUCAUCCUUGAGACAGUCUUAUAAUGUCCCUCACUUUUGUGAUUCUUUGAUUGGUUUUUUGUUUUUGACUC